AAGCCACGUCUAAGCAGGUCGACUGCAGUCGAGCUCACACUGGGUUUCGUCCUGAGAUGACCAGUUCUGGACAAGUCUCACGUCUCAUACAAGAGCCCAAACGCCAUGAUCUGUGCGGCGUAUUUGAAUUCGAGUCCAUCUUGAUUUGAUUUCCGUCGAAGCUGAAGUAUUGGCAGAGUCUCAAAGAGGACAGUUUUCAAGAAAUAAUAGUAGAUGGGGGACAAACCACACGGACGGCGCCGCACAUGUCUGAUUUGGGACCAAGCAAGGCGUGUCACAGGUGAUUGACGGCCUUCGCAAAAGAAGUACAAGUGCAAACGAAAGCGAUCGGGGCUAGAACGAAGCCGCAGAGCAGUUGACAGCAGCUGCUAUAGGCGUGGUGUGGCAGAUGCAGGGCCAGCCGGCCAUGUAUGGAAGCAAAUGGGACGAGGCGGGCAUCCAGAUGCUGGGCAGAUCGAUCUUAGACGGGGUGACGGGCGACGGAUCACUAAAGUUCAAGGCACUACGGAUCUAUGUGGGAAGAACAUUUGCUUGGUGAUGGGAGAUAUUGCUGCACGAAGAUGCCUAGCAUCGUUUUCGAGCACCUCUAAACUGGCGACCCUCUUAUCAGGACACUGCACGAGACGAGACGGCACAUUUUCGUUUGUUUGUGUGCCUCACAGCCAACACGAUCGAUUGCCUUUAGCAGCUGGCAAGAUUGUCGAGAGAAGGCCUGGCAGGCCAGCGACAUACGAAAGGCGCGGAGAAAGCAAAAGAUGCGAGAGGCAGGCCGUCCCGGCGGGGAUGAGGGCGACAGUGACAGACUCGCAAAGAGAAGGACUGCGGUCAACGGUCAACCCAGUCGAGGGGCUGAAGCGAGACAAGGGUGCGUCGUUCUGCGACAGAUCUGAGACAGCUUCUGCCCCUGCUCAACCCCUGGCACAGCCCCCGCGUCCCCGGUGGACUUGCAGUAGGCUGGACCCAAAUUCAGCGAGUCACGACCACGAGUCAGCAACGAGUGGGUGGGAUUUCGACACGCUGUACAAGAGGCCCAGAGGAUAGUGUCCCCGACAGGUUUUCCGUAUGGCGUACCGUGGUUCUCAUUCUACCGCGAUGUG